GAGCGGUAAUUCGGUUAUCGUUGUGCCCUUUCUAUCUCAAAUGGAGAAAAAACUAGAAAGCCGAAAGCAGAGAAUAGAGGGAAGGCCGAGUGCAGAUCAGUGCCAUCGCCAUCCAUGGAAGAACCAAAACCAGAGAAGGAGGAGGAGAAACAGAAAGAGACGGAGCUAGAGGAGGAAGAACCAAAAGCAGAGAAGGAGAAAGAGCUUGAGGAGGAUGACACGGAAAGCGAGACGGAAGAAGAUCGGGAGAAUCAGAGGCGGCAGGAGAGGAGGGAGAAGGCCAGGGAAAGGAGAGAGAAGAGGCGCCAAAGGAUCGCUCUCCUCCGCACCAUUCCGUAUUCCGAUCACCAGAGGUGGUGGUCUGCAGAUACUAUUGCUGUGGUUACUGGGGCUAACAGAGGCAUUGGAUUUGAGAUUGCACACCAGCUUGCACUACAUGGCUUGACAGUUAUUCUGACAUCAAGAGAUUCUGCUGUUGGUGAAGAAGCAGCAAAAGUCUUGCAAGAAGGAGGUUUGAGUGUGUUCUUCCAUCAACUGGAUAUUGUGGACCCGUCAUCAAUUAAGGCAUUCGCUGAGUGGCUACAACAAAACUAUGGUGGUAUAGAUGUUCUGGUAAACAAUGCCGGCGUUUAUAUCAACCAUGGAUCAGACAAUAGUCUCGAGCUUGCUGAACAGGUCAUUGGUACCAACUACUUUGGCACCAAAAAUAUAAUUAAGGCUUUGAUCCCAUUAAUGAGGCCUUCUACUCACGGUGCUCGCAUUGUAAACAUCAGCUCAAGGUUGGGAAGACUCAAUGGAAAGCGAAAUAAAAUUUCGAAUCUUACCUUGAGAAGCCAACUGGAAGACGUGGACUCGCUAUCAGAAGAGCUGGUUGAUGAGACUGUGACUAAAUUUCUAGAGCAAGCAAAAGAUGGGAGUUGGAAGUCUGGUGGGUGGCCUCAAUCAUAUACUGACUACUCCAUGUCAAAACUUGCACUUAAUGCUUACACCAGGGCAAUGGCGAAGACGCUUUCAGAACGACCCGAGGGCCAGAAGAUAUACAUGAACUGCUACUGUCCAGGAUGGGUGAAGACUGCCAUGACUGGUUGGGCAGGCCAUACUUCACCGGAGGAAGGGGCUGACACCGGAGUUUGGCUAGCCCUACUUCCAGACAAGUUAGUAACAGGAAAGUUCUUUGCUGAGAGACGUGAGAUAAGUUUCUAGAGUCAGUAGGAUGGAGGACUUAGCCGAGAGAGAAUUCCAGAUUCUACAACAGCUGAGCAGAAUUGUAGAAACUGGUGCUACUAAAGUAGUGUAUGCUGAACUGGCUUUUCCAAGGAGCGAGUGCCUAGACAAGUUAGGACAGUACCAAUGUUUGUUUCAAUCUCUGGUCUCUCAAAGGGUUUGUUUAAAAGGGAACCUCUAAUUUCACCAUACUCCCCAUCUUCUGCUAUCUGAUUUGUAGCCAUGACCAACUAGUAACCAUGGGCAGCCAAAGGAAGAUCAGCAUAUGAUGCAUCGAGUAAUUGAUUUACCAACUCUGAUAUUGCUUAAAGCUUUCUUUUGACAUCGUUUAUUCUCGAGUUUAGGAGUACUAUAAUAAAGAAUGUUCGUGAUAAUAGUUAACUGAAACUUCAGAAUUA